UUGUAAUUAAAGGAAUCCAUGCUCAAAAUAUAAUGGGAAAGCUUUGGCGCUUCUGAAGCCUUCAAGGUAAGGUGGAGGAACCGAGAGAGAGAGAAAGAGAGAGAGAGAGAGAGAGAGAGAGAAUGGCAACCGGAGCGAUCACCCUGAACAGCGGCUACCAGAUGCCGGUGAUCGGGCUGGGUGUUUGGAGGAUGGAGGGGCAAUCUAUCAGAGAUCUGCUCCUUGCCGCCAUCAAAAUCGGCUAUCGCCAUUUCGACUGCGCAGCUGAUUACAAAAAUGAAUCUGAAGUUGGCCAAGGACUGGCUGAGGCAUUCCAAACCGGCCUUGUAAAAAGGGAGGAGCUUUUCAUCACCACGAAGCUUUGGAACUCAGAUCACGGUCAUGUGCUUGAGGCCUGCAAGGAUAGUUUGAAAAAGCUUCAGCUUGAAUAUCUGGAUCUUUAUCUUGUGCACUUUCCUGUAGCCACAAGGCACACUGGUGUUGGAACUACUGAUAGUGUUCUUGCUGAAGAUGGGGUACUAGACAUCGACACAUCAAUAUCGUUGGAGACUACUUGGCAUGGAAUGGAAGAUCUUGUUUCAAAAGGAUUAGUUCGUAGCAUUGGAAUCAGUAACUACGACAUCUUUCUCACAAGAGACUGUCUUGCUUACUCCAAAAUAAAACCUGCAGUCAACCAGAUCGAAUCACAUCCUUAUUUCCAACGUGACUCUCUUGUUAAAUUCUGUCAGAAGCAUAGGAUUUGUGUCACAGCUCACACCCCCUUGGGUGGUGCUGCUGCCAAUACUGAGUGGUUUGGCAGUCUCUCUUGCCUCGAUGAUCCUACCAUUCAGGAGCUGGCGAAGAAGUACGACAAGACUGUAGCUCAGUUUAUUCUUCGCUGGGGCAUCCAAAGGAACACAGUAGUCAUCCCGAAGUCCUCAAAGCUGGAGAGACUGCAGGAGAAUUUUCAGGUUUUUGACUUCACUAUAUCAGAUGAGGACAUGAAUAGAAUCAUGGCCAUUGAUAGGAAUUACCGUACCAAUCAACCUGCUAAGUUCUGGGGUAUAGAUCUUUAUGCCUAGGUGACACUAGGGAAGCUUCUUAUGCCCAAACUUUGGGGAUGAUUUUCAUUUCAUUGCUUACGUGGCAUUGAUAAUAAUGAAAAUUGUUGAAUGUUAUGGUCAAUUUGUUUGGUUUUUUAUGUGGUGAUUCCUGAUAUUUGGAAGAGAAAUUAACAAAUGAAAGAAAGAGGAUAUGCUAGUUUUAUAAAUAAUCAAAA